UAAGAAGUAAUCCAUAUGGUUGUGGCUCCACCCAGACAGCUUAGUAAAACAUUCCGGCCCACCUCUGGGAGUCUGCUGGCUCCUGCACACCUCUCGCUGACAUCUACUCAGGUUUUAACCGUGACCGAAAAGUGCCUGAGCCGAAGCAAAAUGAGAGGACUUGUGUUCUUGCUUACUUUGGUCUACAUUGCCACCGCUCAGCACCAAGCUCUUAUUGACUACUUGGAAAGGAGGCUCCUUGCUAUUGAGGACAGGAUCUCUCUGUGGCAGGAGCAGACCACACGCUAUGCCUCUGAGCUGCGGGAGCUGAAGCAGCAGAUGGUUUCUCAGCUGGAGAGUCUAGAUAAAGAAAAAGAAACAAUCAGGAUGACCCUGGACGGUGUGGGGACAAGGGUGGACCGGGUUGAACGGGAACUGGACUACCUGGAAACGCAAAACGGUGCUCAGCCAUGCGUGGACGUGGACGACAGGCUGAUAGAGCAGCAGGUGACUCUGGUUAAGGAGAAGCAGAAGGCUAAAUAUUUCAAACUCACAGACUGCAGUGAUAUGAUCUCCAGCAUAAAAGCCAUGAAGAUUCUGAAGCGAGUCGGAGGGCCAAAGGGGAUGUGGACCAAGGACACAGGCAGAACCUCUGGGAAGGUCUACAUUUUCAAUGGGACAGCAGAGGACACAAUCAAUGAGUUUGACACUGUUCAGGACUUUACCCGCUCGCUGGGCUUCUCUUUGUCCACUGACCUGAAGAUUCCCUCUUCCUGGAAGGGGACUGGACAUGUGGUCUACAACAAUCACGUGUAUUAUGUAAAUCAGGCCGAAGAAAUAAGGGUGAUAAAAUUCGACACAGAAAAUAAGUCAGUGACAGAUAGCGUGGUGUUUCCAGUGCAAGAUCAUGUUCCUGUGUAUGGCCUGAACCCUGAGACGGUGAUGGACUUGGCUGUGGACGAGGAGGGCCUCUGGGCUAUCUAUGCCACAAGGCAGAACGAGAGGUACAUCUCUCUGGCUAAGAUGGAUAGCAACUCCCUGGACAUCGAGCAAAUGUGGGAUACAAACUGCCCGAGAGAGAAUGCAGAGACGGCCUUUGUCAUCUGUGGCACCCUGUAUGUGGUGUAUAACACCAAGCAGCCCGGCCGCUCACGAGUGCAGUGCGUGUUUGAUGUGAACGACCUGGUGACAAACGAGGAGGCGCCUCUAGUUUACUUUCCAAAGCGCUACAGUUUUCACUCCAGUCUGAAGUACAAUCCUCAAGAGCAGCUGCUCUAUGCCUGGGAUGAUGGCUACCAGAUCCUCUACAAGCUUUCCAUGAAGAAGAAGCUGGAAAUCUGAACCGAAUGAAACCAAAGUAACCCAGUAUUUUAAAAAUGCUUUCUACAAGUCGGGCCUGACCAAAGAUCACAUUUCAUUUAAGAUAUUUUUAGUUAUCUGUCUUCAUCUUUAGAUAGUCUGUGCUAAACUUUGUACUAACCUUGUAAUCCAGAAAAUUCUGCAUAUAUAAUGCCAUUAAUGUAACCCGAUAAACAGUUUCCAGGCUCUGACAAAUCAAUGACUGAGAUGCAGUACACAACUCAUCCCUCUCUAUUUUUCACAAUAAACACCUACCGCAUUAUAUGUAACCACAUCAUGCAUUGCUAUCAUUUAUGCUGUGAAUGCAGAUUGUUUGGUAAUUUUUAAAGAAAAUUAUUGCAGCAAAAUUCCUACCAAAAAGCGCUGAUUUGUAGAUAUUGUAGGUAUUUGCACCUGUGUCUCAUAUUUAGAUGAGAAUAUUAUAUCUGUUCUACAUAUUCUUAAUAGUUUUUGCAUAUAUGUUAAGAAAAAUAUUUAAAGCUAAUACUCAAUUUCUUUGACCUUACUCUUUAUUUUAUUUUUCAUUAUUAAUUUUUCUGAGAAAAUGCAUAAUAACAACAUCAUCUCAUGUUGAGGCCAUAAAACUGCGAAUUCCCAUGUGUUUCCAAAAGUAAUCCGAUUCUUUCUUUAUUCAUUUACCUUAUUAUUUUAAAUACAUAUAAAUAGAUAGAUAGAUUAUACUCAAUAAAAAGACAACAUGUUUGGCACAGAGCACAGUUUUUUUAAUCGAAAAAUAUAUUUGUUGAUUUACCAGCCCCUUAUUAGCAAUUUUCUUGUUGUAGAUCUAUUCAAUAGAAAGCCAAAUGUCAUCAUCCUAAUAAUCUCAGUAGUGUCACUGUAUAGUGGAUGUCAGAAUAUGCGUGAGACCAGGCUAGCAGGCUAGCACUGGUACAAUGACUAUCAAAAAUGUUAAAAUACCUGUUCCAUCCGAUGUAAAAGCAUGAGACCAUGAUAAAUAAUUUAAACACUUUUCACACCAAUGAUAAGACAUGUUUCCUGAAAGAUUUAAGUAAACAAUAAACAAAUUGGAUCAUAAGGAAAAAGCUACGAAAAGGUGCAAUAACCUUGCUGCAUACAUGUGCAUCCUCUUAAACUGAUUAAGUGUUGAGCAACUUUUUGAUUUAAUUUAAGUGUUCAGUGUCCCUUGGUAGAAGUCUAUCAUCAUGCAAUAUCCUAACCUGGCAAGAUUGAACAACUCUGCCUUUUAGAAGUUCUCCAAAUCCAUCAGAUUGUGAGGACAGCUUUCUUCAGAUAAACCAUAAGAUUUUCUGUCAUAUGUAAUUGUUUACCUUGGCUCAACUAUUCCACAACUUGGAUGCUUGUCUCAUGAUGUCAUUCUGUUGUUGUUUUGGAUGUUUGCUGCGGCUGAAAUUGCCGAAAACUUUCAAACUGUCUAUAUCUUCCGUUUUCCCGUAGACUUAUGAAGGUAUUGAGAUAAAACUGUCUGGUAAUUUGGACUGUUCACAACUUUAUCCAGCAUGAAAAACACUUCAGCUCCAUUCUGAAAAACAAAAACUUCAGAGCAUAAUGUUGCCACCCCGGUGUUUCAGUGUGGUUUAGUGUUCCAUUAAUUAUAUGCAGCGUUGUUGUUCUGCUAUGCUAUUUUGAAUUAUAGCCCAAAAGUUCAAACAUAUAGUCCCACAAGGUUUGGGGAUAUUGUUACAAGGCUUAAAUAUUUUCUGGAAAUAUUCUCAUCUUUUCAUCAACUUUGGAAUAUCCCUGUUGUUCCAUGUUUUGCUCAGUUGUUGGGACUGUGUCGUAAAGUACAUAAAAAUUGUGGUUUUUUUAGUACUCUUCUCAAAGUGGACACCUUUGAACAAUAAGAUCAUUUUCAUCUUUCAGAAUCUUUCUCCACACCAUGUUUUUAGCCAAAGGAUGCAACUGUCAGGGAAACCCCUACUAGGACAGCCUGACUGUCUUUAUGGUUAACAAGAUUUAUUACAAUUGCUGAUGGGUGUAAAAUCAUGUUAGGGGAAGUUUGAAACUGACUCAAAAGGUGGUUCAACAGAGUGUGAGUUCAACGAUGUGCACACUUAUGCAACCAGAUUAAUGUUGCUUUCUAUUCUUUUCCUCCUAACAGACUUUUUUUGUUUUUCAGAUGAAUUGUGCAGGAUAAAUAUCAGAUUAUAUUUUGAAAAGGAAUUUAUAUGAUUUAUUAAAGUCUAAUAUUUCACAUAAUAAAAA